GAUGUGUAUUUAUAAGUAGCAAAGCGUAAACUAAUAAAUAUAAAAAAAGACUAACUUUCACCUGAGAGGAACUUAUGGAUUCUGAUAUCGCUGAAAAAUCCCCUUCCACUGUCCCUCCGGGGCAUCAAAAUGUUGAUUAUCUCCAAUUUAAGGAAAACUUCAACUUCGAAGGCAAGACUCGUAUUGACGAUACUAGAGAUGAACUGGUAAUGGAAUAUGAUGGAUACCUCGAAAAACACCCCGAGAUUACGGAUGUAUUAAAUGAUAUAGUUUUGCACGUUCUCAUUUUAAAGCCUGAUAACCCCUUGCAGGAGAUCCGUUCCUAUAUGCAAGCGCGGCUUAAUGUAUUAUAAACAAAUCCCAUGAUAUGUAUUCCCCUUUAGAUGAAAAAAACACAAUAAACUGAGGA